CAUAGCCGUACACAAACAACAAAUACCAUGGAAAAUAUUGCUUAUUUACUACGAAAGGUGUAAGUUUAACACGCUCGCUACAGAAUUUGCUAUUGAUUACUUAUCGAUUUGCUUGCGUGCAGAAUAAAUUGAUUAUGAAUAUUACUGCCGAUGUUCAAAAGAGGACGAGGCUGAGAGUCGCGCCCAAUAAAAAAUGGUCAGAAAAAGAAGUUGAUAUUAUUUUAGAUUACAUACAACGGUCAAUUGAUUUCGAGGUGCCUUGCGCUCAAGCAUAUUACAGACAAAUGAUUAAGCUUACUGGAAUUGAUGCCGAAUGGAAUACACUCAGAUGGAAAGUGAGAAAUAUGCGCAUUGCUUUGAAAAAAGCAAAUGACUGGCUAAGAUCCCCUCAAUGUGAGAGUAUGACUGGCCCCACAAGAGAACAUGAAAUUGAAAGAUAUGUUUUGAGCGUUUGCCCAUAUUAUAAAAGACUAACCGAAAUUUUUGGAGAUGGUUAUGGUAAAGGAAAAACUGCGAAAUUUUCGCGCCAUAAUAAUGCAAGCAAGAAUGAACCAACAGAAAAAGAGCAAUCACUUUCAAUGAUGUAUGAUGACGAUAGUUCUUCUCAGCAUUUAAGUGAUAAUCCACUAGCCAUAACGCCUGAACAACAAACGCAGCACUCUUUCGGCUCUGUUUCUCCGAAUUCAACUGAUGUAGUCUAUUUACCAAAAAAAGAACAAAUUGAGGAAUACGAAGUGCAACAAAUUUGUGGACAAAUAUACAAACAAGAGUACAAUUUGAUGAGGCAUUGUGGGCCGCAAGGCGAAGAAGAAAAAUUUGAGAGCAAUGAAUUUAUCAAAAGUUUUAGAACUGUUGAAAUGAGAGAAAUUGAGUUGAAGCGCUAUGAACUAGAGAAACUAAAAAUGCAGUUCGACAGGGAAAAAUUUAAUAAGGAAAUGGAAUUACAAGAAAAACGUUUGAAACUGGAGGAGGAAAAACUAAAAAUAGAGGAGAGGUGGCAACAAAAAGAAUUUGAGUUGAAGAAGUUAGAGAUUGAGAAAAACGAACGGAUAGCUAUAUAUGAAAUUGAUAAAAAAUAUAGAAACAAACCUAAUUCGUAAAAUGUAUACAUGUGUAAAAGUCCAUUUGCAAAUUUGUGUAAUCUUUUAAUUAUGAGCGCAUUUCAGGGAUCAUCAAGGGCGUUCCCUUCUAAUUCUAAAAGGGGAAAGCAAAAAUGCACUUUUUUAUUUUGAUAUGUAUGUACAUUUGUGUUAGCAAAUAAGUAAUUAUGUUUAUGCAUUAAAAAAAUCAUGUACAGAAUAAUAUAUGUAAUGUAUUUUGUUAAAUCCAUUCAAUCAAUGUACGUGUGUGUAUGUCAGAAACAAGUACAUAAGUCUCAGCAGUAAAAACGGAAAUUUUAAAUGUGUUUUGUGCAGAAAAUGUACCAGACCAUACAAAAAUAUCAAAACUUAAAUGUCAUUCCUUCUUCAAACUUGCAGAUACUAAAUUAAAAGGACUAAAAAACAAUCAUUCAUUACCAAAAUUGUUGCCACUUCUUGUAACUGCUAUUCCAGGUAUGUUGGUAGCGCUUUGUAUAUACUCAGCAAUGUAGCUAAGCAGUUUGUUUUUAUGUAUGGUUGCAAUAUUUUUACCAGAGGGCAAUUCUAGUUUUAUGAAACUGUGAGGUGAAAAUAAAAAAUUCUAUGUCAGUGAAAAUUUAA